AUGCCUUUCCGCGACCAGGAAUGGGAGGAACUGCAGCGCGACUGCGACAUCUUCCCCGCCUAUUCCGACUACCUUUACGGACCGGACCCACGCAUUAUAACAACACAGGAGCCUGGUCUACACCCUAUGAUAUAUCCCAUAGAUGCUUCUGCGCCUAUUCGGUACACUAACAGUAUGCCAUCGCGAACUUGGUCGCACAAGACUACGGAAGACCUCGAGAGGUUAAAGAAUGCUACCGCGCAAACGCUGUUGGCUGGACAGAACGAGCCUGGCAGCGACAUGAGCGGAGCAAACAAUGGUACAAGUACGCCCGGCUCUUAUGUACGCCCCCAAACUGGUAGUCUCUUGAACCCGCUGCUACCACCACAAAGCGUUUGCACUAUCUCUGAGGAGGAAAUGGCGCGACGAAAGACGUUGAAUGCAUCACGGCGCCGACGUCGGUCUCAAACGGUGGUCCCUUUUAGUUCAUCGCAGCAGCAGCCUGUGGGAAUGACUGGGCAUCAGAUGCACACUAGGAAUACGCCAGUCAUACAUAGUGGGGACGUUGAGCCACAACAGCCAUCUUUCUUGCGCUCAUCUUCUACUACCGACAUCGACGAGACUCUAGUGCAAAUGGACUCACGUCAAAAGUCUGAUGCUCUGUCGUCUUUCGCAUCACAGACGACGAUGCUACCUCCACCCGCGAAUCUUUCUCAACGGCAGCCACUGCAUGCCAUUGGCCUGUCCAACAACUUGCCUCCGAUCCCUGCUCCAAACAAUUCUCCAGAACCCAGUCAGCAGACAUCUCUCCUACAACCGAAUGAUGUAUUGCGCAACUCUCGCUACGACUGCAUCAAUCCCGCUAAGCGCUUAGAGAUUGCAAAGGUCCUUGUUGACCGUUGGGUCGUCGUGCGAAACUCUGCUGCAGAUGAUGCUCUAGGGGUAAAGGCCAUGUCGGACAUUCGAAACAUCACCAGAAUGGUCAACAAUUCAGUCACGAAUAUGCAAGCUGCAAUGGAUCUACAACAACAGAGGACACAGCAGCUUCAUAUGCAGGCGGUUCCAAAGAGAGCGCAGACGGACCAUAUACAGCAUAUUCAACAACGCCAACCUACUACUCCAACUCCGCAGGAAUACGCCCAACCUCAGCCCCAACCGGGCAUCUGGUCCGCUCAACUCACCCAGUCAUCUCCAAUCCAACCACCUUGGCAGCCAGCUUCGCAGGAAUCAUACUGCAGUGUUCCACAAGUUUCUCAACAAAUGCAGCUGCCUCAACAAUCAAUACCCCAAGACUUUCAGACGCAUCAACAGCCACAGCAGCGAAACCAGGAACAAUACGAGCAAUUCACAAGCCAAAAUAUCAAUCUAAGCCCUGCACAACUCCACGCAAACACCAGUCGCCACAUUCCAGAAAUGUGGCGGAAUUUCCUGAUUACCCAAAACACCUCACUGCCUCUGCAGGACAGGAUGAACGCGCGUCAGUGGAUGGUGAAUCUCAAGAACAAUCUACCAGUUGAAGCGCAUACGUACAUGGUGCAAGUUUUGCAAAGGGCGAUGCGGGAGCACAGUCAGGGUAGGGAUGCUUUAGCAUUCCUAAAGACGGUGAACAUGGAAAGCAAUUUGUUUGAUGGUGGUGAGUCGAAGCAUACCAGUGCGCAGGAUGGCCUGUAG